AAGACCCGCACUGACCUCGAAGCACUCUGCUGAGACUGCGACGCCGUCGUCCUUCACUCCUUCCUCGCCCGCGCCGUCGAAUCCCGCCUCCAGCCAUCGCAGCGCGCCAGGCAACGACACCACUAACCCCGCCGCGUGGUUGUCCUGCUCCUCCUCCAUUUGCCGGUAUUGGACUGCGGUGGGGUUUUGAUUCAUUGGAGUUUAGAUUGAUUUCUUCCGCUGACUAACCAUGGGCACAAGACUUAUGAAGGGCUCAAGCCUGAAGAGGCUCUUAGCACAGCGGAGCUCAGCUGAUCUUUGCCAUAAAUUACGAGCAUUCAGCUCCACUGUAUCUAUUUCUGAUCUCGAUGAGAAGGAUGACAUGGGUGGCAAAGGUGAUGAUGAAUUUAAAGGUCCUAGGAAAAAUAAGGAACAUCAAUUCCGAGGUGUAUACCGGGCAAUUAUUUGUGGCAAAGUUGGACGGGUGCCCGUGCAGAAAAUAUUAAGUAACGGGCACACGGUAACUGUAUUCACUGUUGGGACAGGUGGUAUGUUUGACCAGAGGAUAGUAGAUGAUAACUUGCCAAUGCCAGCACAGUGGCAUCGGAUAGCUGUCCAUAAUGAGGAGCUUGGUGCAUAUGCUGUUCAGAAGUUGGUCAAGAAUGCUGCAGUCUAUGUUGAGGGUGAUAUCGAGACUAGAGUCUACAAUGACAGAGUCAAUGAUCAAGUGAAAAAUAUACCAGAGAUCUGUUUGCGACGUGAUGGCAAAAUCUGCUUGCUUCAAUCAGGGGAAAGUGAUGUCAGCAAAUCAUUAGAUGAAUUAAGGGAAGGACUAUUCUAGUUGCAACGCAAAGGACUGACGGCUAAGACAAGGAGUUGGACGAGCGUUAGAUUUGCUCCUUGAGCCGCAGGUUGAUGGGAAUGCUCUUACUAUGUUUUGCAGCAUUAUGCCAUUAUGUCGGAGUGAUGCACUUCGUGUCCUUCAAGAUGCUAGAAAUGUGUUCUCUUUCAAUUUGUUUCUUUUUUUUCUGAAUUUAGCUGAAGGGAUGAUCUUAUGAAUGUUGUGUCACGACCCAAAUUCAAAACCACGUGGUUAAAAAUUUAAAAACAUCAUCAUGAGCAUCA